AUGAACAAACCCAACCAUUGCUGGCGAUGCGAGGCAAACUGUACUCAACAGUGUUCGCGAUGCAGAGUGGCGUAUUACUGCUCCAAGGAAUGUCAGAAACAUGACAAGUGGCGACAUCAACCCGAAUGCGAGACAGCAGCGUUGAAAUUGCAAUGUUCAGCGUGCGAUAUUGAACAAGAGGGACUGAUGAAGUGUACCAACUGUUUGAAAGCCUGUUAUUGCAGCACGGAGUGUCAGAGAAGCGACUGGAAAAGACACAAAACGUUCUGCCACGAUGCUGUUGACAAAACAUUGAAAUUAGCACAAAGAAUGAAGGCGCUUCAUGAGAUGAAAAAAGAUAACACAGGCCUCGGAGCUACUUACUACUGGGGUAAUAUCCCAGCUGUCGACCUGCUCAAUUUGUCAAUGAAUGAAAGAGAAGAGUAUUCCAAUUCACUGGCUUUGUUGCUUUGCGGAGUUGGUGAUCCAAGGAAUGUUCUACUUACAACUGCUUCGUUACCUGAUGUUUAUACCCAGCAAGUCAGCUUUGUUUUAAAUGACAUCUGUCCUUGCACAUUGGCCAGAACCGUUCUGCUUCUAUACAUGUUAUAUAAAGGUAUGUUUAAUUAUCAAGAUAUAAGUUGCUUUGGGUAUACCGUAAAUGAUCGAUUAAGCGCUGCAGCACUUAUUUAAUUUUUUCGUGUCAUUUUUUGUUAUAGGUGCGGCGCUUAUUUCAACUACGGGUAAAACACUGAGGGGAAUAUAGAGAGUAUUAAAUAGGGCGCGUACGUAAUAGGUAUGUUUAAUUUAGUAUAAAAUAUGUACACCUAGAAUUGUUAUGUAAACCAGGUUUGAAAAGUUUCCACAUAUUAAAACUUUAGAACUCACGAGUUGGUCGAGGUCUUAUUUCUCAAGCGAUAUGGUUUUGAUAUCUCUUUAUAUCAAGCGCUGUAACAAAGGUGGCGCGUUAAUUUGUAAAUACCCAAAUUACCGCUGCGGCACUUAUUCGAGUAUACGUAGUGGUGCUUAAUCGAUAAUUUACGGUAUUUAACUGGGCAUGAAGCCUUUUUUGUACCUCAAGCUUUUAACUUCAAAAGGGGUGCCCUUAGAGCUUUCCUUGCUAAAAACAGUUGAUUUAUUGAUCUGACAUUUUUGUUUUCGUAACGAUAAUUUUUUAAGAUCCAGUGAAAAGGCACCGUAGUGUACCUUGAAUCGGUGAGAUGGAAAGCGCCCUUUUGUUGCGGGUAAGGGAGUUAAUGAGACCAAACGCUGCAUCUAGAGUCCCCUCCUUACGUGUAUGGACAUCUUGAAGCACAGUAUCGGAUUGUUUUUUUAACUGGUUCGCAAGGACAUCAAUGGCAAGGUUCCAGCAACGGGAAAAUUUUUUAAAGUUUUCUAACUGCUUUACCAGCAUCAAGUGAUUUUCACGUAAUCGCAAACACGAAGUGCAGCUGUAAGUGCCAUACGGGAUUACUUUUUCAAAGAGGCUUAGCGGUUGAAAUGUAUAAUUCCAUCAUUGCGUAUAAUAGUUAAUUCAUUUGUUUUGAGAAUUUACGCAUUUAUUCCUUUUUUAUUUAUACGAUACCUUCAUUGAUCAUUAAGGGGAUGGUGAAUGUAUCCCGGCGUCGCCAAUCGAACGUUCGGUAAUCGAACCCCGAUUGAACGCCAAUCGUUUCAUUGACUUCUAUUGGGUUCGGUAAUGGAACUUAUCGAACUCACCCCAAAAUUUUGCCAGUCAAACACUGCAACAAUUGAACAUAAAACCAGUCUCAUCUGGUUUCAAAGAAGGUGUUGCGUUCAAAUAAGUUGUAUGUAUUGGCUUCAAUUUCAAACACGAGUACGCAAAAACAGCAAAGAUGUCACCGAGGGCGCAAAGCGUGAAAAGCAAAGCGAUGGUUAAAAGCUACCAAGAGUGCUCUUUCGCCGUCGGUGUCGAUGAAAAGUUUUGUGGUCCUUUUUAAAUUUUCGAAAGUUUAUGGAAGAAAGUUUGACUUUUCUAGUAUCCCUAAGUACAUUAUGGUCGGUAAAGUCCCAUUGCACAUGGUUUUUCUGUGCCGUUCAUGUUUCCCAGUAUUGAUUUGAGUGUGAAUUUAUCGAUUUUGAAACACUUUAACAAUAAGAAUUUUAGUUCCGGGUUAAUUGAAACAUUUUUGUUUUCAAACUGCUUCACAUACAUACCAGGGAGAUCUUUCCGAUUCAAUUUAAACUGGAUACGUUUUGUCUUUCUGCCAAACAAAAUCGAACUAAUCGGGUCGAUUGAGUUUGAUUGGUUUGAUUGAGUUCGGCUAUCGAACUCACGAUUUCGAUUAAUCGAGCUCACCGAAAAGGUCCAGUUCGAUAAUGUUCGAUUACCGAACCAAUCGAACAACAAUCCAACUGAUUGGGUUCGAUUGAGUUCGAUUGAUUUUUGGUUCGGUUUCGUUCGAUUAGCUACCCCGGGAUGUAUUCAUAGGCUACAGCUGAAAAGUGUCUGCACAUUACAAGCAAGCUCUAAGUUUAUCUCAACAAAGUUUUUGCAAUUUCAUGAGUUAACGUAGCCUGUGCCAGGUUUUCAGAUAGUAGGGUCCUCACGAAUAUAAAUCAAGCCAAGCAAAAAUAAGACGCGCGCGAUCUAGGGAAGGGGCGGUGGAUCACUUUUUGCUGCACGACUGCACUGCUAUCUUGGAGGCUGGAACAGACCAUCGUAAACGGUAAACAAAUGUUUCAUUAGCCUUUAGCGAGAAAUAUUCCGCCUUGGUGCUCGAUAUUAACCAGCAAAUCUUCAUCUCUAGUUAAAAUUAGGUAUUCAAAAUUACUUUUCACCCGUCUUAGGAGGAGCUGACGUCACUUCUGCAGUCGUCCGUAUUUGGUACUCUGUCCGCAUAACUAAAAAAGACUUCACACUGCUGACGUUAGCACUUCAAGACCUUGCGGCUACAGCUGAACCGAGCACCCUCACCGAUGGCUUGAUGGAGAUUUCUGCUUCCCAGCUGAGCCAGCUUAAGAUCGUUUGGUCCACGUGGCUUCGUUUGUCAGAACAGAGAGGACUCUGGGUAGAAGAUCUCAGAAAAAUGGCGAUCAGGGCGGAUUCAGGUAGGGAAGAUGGUUUAAGCCAUUACCUGCAUGCCAUCCCCAAAGUGCACAGGGCGUCUGCACAACACUUCUUUGACACCGGCAUCUUUCUCUCCACCAAAACGUCUGACGAAUUAACGCAACAAAAUCCUACGUUGACAGGUCGCGGUUUACACCGACUUUCAUCAACCUCUGAAUUUUACUACAGUAUUCCUACAGAUGUGCUUCCAUUUACGGCGUGGGAUUACAAAGCAGCCGAGAAAACUUGCUAUGAUAAAUCACUGCCGAUAAUGUACACCAAAUAUUUGUCAGAGAUCCUGCACAGAUCCUCUGACAAAAUGAGCCGUUGUCAGGUAAAGUUUUAUUUUAUUCUGUGCGACUUUCUGAACAUCGACACCUUCUUACCUGAAGGUUUGAGAUAUGAUCGCGUAUUGACUUCUAACUUGUGGGACUAUUAUCCCCUAACGGAUGUGCUGACAAAAUUCAAAAGACUUUUAAACAGCACCAAUCCUCAUGCCGUCAUACUAACUGAGACACAAAACUGGCCGCGUAACUAUAUGCCUGAAAUCGUUCAUCAAUUGCCGUAUUAUCACGGACUGGACGAUCUCUUAAGAAAAGCUUUGAAAGACACACAAGAUCCAGAACUUGUGGAGGAAUCAGGACUUACCACAGUUGUAGAAUAUAUCAACCUAUCAGAUGAAUUUCUUCUCGUACUGCGCGCAUCUCUGCUAGCCUCCUGUACAGAAAACGAGCUAACCUUGUUUAAAAAACAAAAGAAGAUUCCAUCCGUGAAGUCUCUCGUGAAUUCCCUGGGGCUGUAUUUACGUGACUUUGUCAGAAACGAGAACACAGUGGUUCCGUUUAGAUGGGCGGUGAAUUGUCGUCGAGUUGUCAUGUUGAGAGGCUACGAGAGAGCACUGGAAUGGAAACUUAAAACAAAUUAG